AAUGAAAGAUAGUAAAAUUCUCAAAUUGCUGAAGAUUAUAGAGACAAUAAAAAGAAAGAAUUAAAGAUGUAGUAACUUUAAGAGAAAAAAAUAAAAUUAGAAGGAUGUUGAAUCAUAUUAAAAUAAAAUAUACACAGAAUAUCAGGAUGUUAUUUUGCUGAAUAUGAGAAUGCUGCUAGAAUUAAUUUAAGAAAAUUAAAAAAAAGAAUGGCUUAGGAAUUGCUUAUGA